AUGACAACUGUAAGGGCUUUAAUAGCAACAACAGUCAAGAAGGGUUGGCAGGUUCUACAAUUAGAUGUUAAUAGUGCAUUCCUUCAUGGAGACCUCCAUGAAGGCCUAGUUGUGGAGGCACCAGGUUUAGUGUGCAAAUUAAAUAAGUCCCUAUAUGGACUCAAACAAGCAAGUAGACAGUGUGAGAAACUAACUGAAGCAUUAUGCUCUAGGGGAUACACUCACUCAAUGCUUGAUUAUUCUUUGUUCUAUAAGAAAACUGAAGGCUUAGUAGUAUUUGUAGCUGUGUAUGUAGAUGAUGUUCUUGUCACUGGCACCCAUCUACAAGAUAUUGAGUCUUUGAAAACCAUUCUACAUAAUACCUUUAAGAUAAAAGACCUAAGGAAGCUUCAUUACUUUCUAGGUUUAGAAGUUCAAUACACAGAAAAAGGAGUUUUGAUGUCACAAAGGAAAUCCACUAUGGAUCUUUUGAAAGAGUUUGGGUGUACAGACUGUCCUCCUAUGACUUCCCCUCUAGAUUCCUCUAUGAAGUUAAAGGCUGAUGAGGGAGCUCUGGCAGAUCCUUCCUAUUAUAGGAAGUUGAUUGGAAAGCUCAACUUCCUCACUAACACUAGGCUAGAUAUUGCCUACGGUGUACAACAUCUUAGUCAAUUCAUGCAAAGUCCAAGAGAACCUCAUUUGAAGGCAGCAUACCAUGUCUUAAGGUACUUGAAAGGUGAUCCAUCCUUGGGUAUUUUGCUUAGCAAUGAUGCAGAUUAUAGAGUGAAGGCUUUUUGUGACUCAGAUUGGGCCACUUGUCCCCAGUCCAGAAAAUCAGUUAGUGGGUACAUAGUGUUACUUGGUGGCAGCCCUAUUAGUUGGAAAUCUAAGAAGCAGUCCACUAUUUUCCUAUCCUCUGCAGAAGCUGAAUACAGAUCAGCUAGGAUGGUUGUUGGUGAAAUUGUAUGGCUGGCUAGACUUCUUACUGAACUCACUGUUCCCCUAGCCUUGCCUAUUCCCAUAUUAUGUGACAGUAAAGUUGCCUUACAUAUAGCAAGGAAUCCUAUGUUCCAUGAACGUACGAAGCAUAUUGAAGUGGAUUGCCAUUUUGUGCGAGACCAGCUGCAGGAAGGGUUGAUUUCCCUUCACCAUGUCUCUACUAAUGAUCAAUUAGCUGACAUUUUCACCAAGUCUCUAACAGGAAUCAAGCAUUCUACACUUCUUGGCAAGUUGGAAGUGAGCUCCUCACCUCCAACUUGA